CAAUCUGGCAUUUGAAUCCCUAGGGUUUAACAAGAGGUGUAAACCCCUAGUCCAGAGCACAUUUUGUUGCUCUCUCUCUCUCGACAGCCACACUCAGAAAAUCUUUCAGUCUUCGUUUCAGUCAUGAGCCGAUCGGGUCAGCCACCAGAUCUCAAGAAGUAUAUGGACAAGAAGCUUCAAAUCAAGCUGAAUGCAAAUAGGAUGGUGGUUGGAACACUUCGUGGGUUUGACCAGUUCAUGAAUUUAGUUGUUGACAACACUGUGGAGGUGAAUGGUGAUGAGAAAACUGAUAUAGGCAUGGUGGUGCUCAGAGGCAAUAGUGUUGUCACAGUUGAAGCAUUGGAACCUGUCAACAGAGCACAGUGAUGGAUGGCUGUGUACUUGUACUGAUUUAGGCGGGCUUUAAGUCAUAUGUAAUUUGACCCGGAUGGCUACACUUUGUAUGAGAUCAAGUUGUUUAAUAAUUUCUGUUGCAAUGAAGGUUAUAUGCUGCAUCAAGGCUAUAUGAAUCUUUUAUUCUUCCAGUAA